AUGGCGCGCACUCCGUGUCCGCAGGCGCGUCCGGUACGACAGACGCGUCCGCUGCGUCGGGCGGCUCUGUGUCGACGCUGGGGCCUCCACGAUCCACGGGAACGUCAACGUGCACCUGGACCUGAACACGAACGCGCUGAGCGUGGACAGCUGCACCACCAGACGGAGAUCGAGGUGACAGUGGCCAAGUGCGACCCGCACGCGCUGUUCAAGAGCCACGCGGCGCCGUCCAGCAACCGGAACACGCUCCUCUGGGACAUUGGCGACGUGGGGGCGGGCUGGAAGCCUCGAGUUGCCCCAGCGCGUUGGCCGGUGACCCCCACAAAGCUCCUACGAUUCGUGACGGCGUCGAGUGUUGGUGCUGCUGCUGCCCGCGUGGGAGAAGGUGUUCGUGUCGGGUGGCGCUGA